AGCACCUGAUGUGAAGCCAGCUCCUGGGAGUUCACCCAACGCCUUGACUCAGCUUGGAUCAUAGGAGGAGCCCGUGUCCCCCCCCCCGCACCGCACCGCUCCCAGCAGCAUCCCACGGGAAAGCCAAGCAGGAGAGGGAGCUGAGGAACCGGCGCACCGGAGAGACGCAGCAUGGGCCAGUGCCACUGUCACAAGAAGCGCAAGGACAGCCAGGAGCUCACCGACGUGGAGAGGGCGAUCGAGAUCGUGAUCAACAACUUCCAGCGCUACGCGGUGAAGGGGCGGAAGGAGUGCCUGACCCCCAACGAGCUCAGGGAGCUGGUGGUGCAGCAGCUGCCUCACCUGUCGCAGCAUGUCUGCUCGCUGGAUGAGAAGAUCGAGUGCCUUGGGGACCCCGACGAGGCCAAACUGGAGUUCGGCGAGUACUGGGCCAUCAUCGGGGAGGCAGCCAAAGGCUGCCGAGUGAAGAAGUAACAGGCCUGAGGGGAGACACGGACCGUGAGGCCUCAGACCAUCUGCAUGGAGAGCGAGCGAGUGAGACUGUCGGCCAUGAUGUGCUGUGUUGAAAAUGCAGUGUUAAUUCUUCUGGGGCACGUCUCCUCUCUCCUUCCCCCAGCUCUGGAACCUCUUCAUUCUGGGCUCUCUCUCCCUUCCUCCAAGUCUAGAACCUUUUCAUUCCUGCUCUAGAAACCUCCCCCUUCUGCUCACCUGCUCUAGAACCUUUUCAUUCUCCCUUAUUCUGGAACCUAUACAUGCUGGGGAGGAGGGGGGUGUUGUCCCUCCAGCUCUGGAACCUUAAAUUCAUGGACAUCAGUCCCUUUAGCGUAGAAACUUUAAGCCCUAGAUUUGAAUCUUGACAGUUUUGGAACCUUAAAAUGUGUCAUUUUCUAGCUCUCUUGCUCUAGAAACUUUACAUUCGGGGGGGGGUUUCCCCCAACUCCGGAACCUUAAAACACAGGGGUUUUAGCUACUUUACUCUGGAAACUUUAGAUUCUCUGGUUCCAUCUGCCCAGCCCUGGAACCUUCCCCUCCUCCUCUCCCUGGUUCCAGGAUCUCUCCUUGGAUCACUGCCCCGAGCACUUGCUAUCACCAGUUUGGGGUUCAGAGCUGGGCCUCAGACCCUCCAGUCCUCCAGG